CAGUAUCUGACAACAAAGUCUCAUCUUUGAGGCGUUUCCGCAGCGCGCAUAAUUUAUGUAAUCGGAGUUACUGCGAGUUUCUCAUCCACGGAGCUGCUCGCUCGCUCAUUUCUCAACGUGGAGAUGGCAAAGAAGACGCUCAGUAAAAAAUCCUUCAAAAAAUUCUUCUCCAGGAGUGAACCCCAUUUGGAGGAGUCGUCGGUGAACAAAACGGACGAGAAAAAGAAAUUCAAAUUGCCUAAAUUGAAGCUGAAGUCGAAGGGAAGCACUUCUUCACAGAAGCAGCAGCUAUUCAGGUUAAGUUUGCACAGUCCUGAUGAACCCAAUACCGGACCAGUGAACAGAUCCAGCUGGGGUGGCAACGUCUCGGACAAGACAAGCUCAUUUAUAUCUGCCACCGGACCCAGGUCAAAGGCCCAAGAAUUGAGCUACUCUGAGACAGAUCUUCAUAAGCCCAACAAAUUUGCCACAUUUUCCUUCGGUUUGCUGAAAAAGAGAAAGAAGAAAAAAGAGGAGAAUGUAUCUCAAAGCACUUCUGGUCUCAAUAGCCCUGAUGCGCACGCUGAGAGAAAUGAAGACCUUCAUCAAAUGGUGGAUCGUCAGGGCAAGAGAAAAGCCAUGCUCAGCGUUUCUCAGCCAGCCCUCGACACCAAAGAUAGCUUUGACAUCCCGUCCCCUCCCUCCAUCCAUUCAAAACUCAUCAAAUCAUACUACGCUCUCUCACACAAAACACCUCCCACUCAGACCACCAAAGCAAGACUUGAGGAACAUCUAACAAACGGCUCACCCCUUCCUUUGCACGAUAAAGCUAAAAUCAUUCCGGUUCAAGCGGAAGAGAAAGAAAACAUUCCCGUAGAUGACAACCGAUUUGAAAGCAAUCAUACAUCAGAUUCUCAGCCGAGCAAAUCUUCUUCAUAUCAACCUCCUGAUGAUGUCAUCGGCGGAAAUUUAGCCGAGGAGCCGACACAAUCCAACGCAGACAUCGACGUCUCGAUCGGACGGCCGUCCUUUCGCGAGAUGAGAGAUGGUGAAGCUAAUACCACCGAGGCUGUUCCUUCCUCAGAAUCCGCUCCGGUCCAACAAGCCGUCUCGUUUCCUCACAUCGAGCAAACCCUUCCUGACACCUCCACCAAAACAAUCAGCCCGCCCGCCGACCAAGACGUCGUUUAUAGCGCUUUGUACGAAUCGUUGUUCCCCCGCAGUUUCACCUCGGAAGUCCUUUCGUCGCUACCAACAAGUCCUGUUGACAUCUCCCACGAAUCCGAAUCAGAACCUCUUUCAUAUUUUCAGAAGGAAACAAAUAUUUACGAGAAUCCCUCCCAGCAGACAUUUUACUCUUUCGAUACUUCUCAGGAUUUAAUCAAUCCCGAAUCCCCCCGCAGCUAUCUCCCUUCCGCUACCUACUAUUCCGAACAACUCGACUCAAUCAAAUUAAACAGUCGAUAUGAAGAAAGAUUCGAUUUAAACUCGGCCCCUCCUGUCUCUCAAUAUGUGACGUCCCAAGAGACGGACACUCGAGUUACAGAGUCCAAACGAAGGGCGAUCCUGGUAAAAGAGCUAGUCACCGAUGAGACGAGUACUGAAUCUGGACUUUCCUCUUCCAAACUAAAUGAAGUGACUCCAGCCAUUGAUUUUAAGAUAAAAAUGGAGGCGGAUAAAGAUUUAGUUUCGUCUCCUCCUCCUGGACUGAUCGAGACUUAUCCGAUGCCAUGCAGCCCGGUUUAUCUAAGUGUGGGAUCAGAUGACGGGAGCACCAUGGAUGUAUAUUUCAGCGCGGAAGAAGACAAUAUGGAAAGUUUGGAUGAGCCGACGCUUAUUAUGGAGCAAAUUGAAGAAGAGGAAAGUUUUCUAGGUCCGUCGGAGAUCAGCGACUUCGAGAAGGCGCCGGCUGAGUUUCUUCAAGUUGAAGAUGGAAAUAUUGUCACUCAGGUACUGCCGCAGAUAAAAGGAGAAUUACCGGCCGCACCGGUUCUGCAAGUGAAAGCAGCGAUGGUAUGUGAGUUUGCUGCACCCUACAGUAACAGGGAGGGGGAGGGGGGCGAUGAACCCUGGAUCAAUGUCACCCAAACAGUAGACCGCCUUCAUGAAGAAAACCAGCCCAUAAAUGUGCAAAGUCCACAAUUGCUUCCGAAUAACACAAGACAGGAAGACUUCUAUGAAUUUAAAGACACAGCGGUGCAACCUGUACCUACUUCAGAUCUAAUUCAGGAGAAGAGCCAGGAAAAUACAUUCAGAAAAAACCCUUGUAUCGUCUCGAGCACGUUAACGCUCAGCGCUGAGUUGCAAUCAGACGCCACUCCGGUGGAACACAAAAGAGUCACGCAGGAGAGUGAGUGGGUGGAUACAAUUACAGAGAGCACAGGAAACGGCGUGCGGCCAAACCAGGUAGCAGUUGAGCUGUCAGACCUGCAGGUAGACACACAACCUCCUCAGAGGGAAACCGCAGAGGAACCUUUUGGGAAACGGGAGCAUCUGACAGAAGCUGACCUUAAACAGCGAUCCCCCACCCCAUCUUCUGAAGGCUUUAACGCUGACCCCCCCAAGACCCUCGCAGACCAAGAACCUGAUGUCGAAAUGAAUUCGGGCUACAGCAGCCUGAGCAGCAACUUCUCCACGAAAAAAUCGCCUCCAGAUAAACUGGAUGAAUCCCGAUACCAAUUCCGUCAAGCAUCCCUGCUGCAUGACAAUGCACCCAAACAGGAUGUGUUAGAUUACGGCAGGAUGGAGUCCAACGGAACAAAUCUGAGCACAGAACAUGGCUGGAAAACAACAUUUGAGGGUGUCUCGAGAUUUACGUCGAAAGAGGAGCCAUUGUUUAGUCCAAGUUACAGACUGUCCGAUACUUCCUCCAGCAGCACCUACUCCUCAGCUGUUUUCCCCGAGGCCACGUCAUACAGCUACAGCAGCCAAAGCGAGCUUGGCGGGCAGCCAGCCUUCUCCGCAGACGACACGGACGCAUCCUGUUUUACCGGCGUGUUCACGGCCACGUUGGUGGAGCUUGACGACCGAGCAGGUUCCUCCUCCACACCCCCGGCCUCGCCUGACGUCGACGCCAGCCAGUUUGACAUGGACAACCUGGUGGAUACCCUGAAGAACAUGGGGCCCUCAUUGAGACAGAGAAGCGUGAGUCUACGAGGACCGACCGCCGGCCCCGUCUCGGCCUUGCCGCCCAUCGUGGAAGACGCCUCCAGCCCGGUCACCUCUGACAUCUCCAGUCCUACAAAGAGAUCUCCAUCUUCUGCUUCUGAGGCCCUCAAUGGGAUUUAUAAAAUACCUGCUGAUCUGGGCCUAAAGAGAAGCGCCUCCAGAGACACGCGCUCACCCUUGGAGUUAAUGAAGAAGGAACCUCCUGCGACGAGAGACAUGCCCGUCCGAGCAUCCGCCACCAAAAGUAUUCUCAUGAGGCAAUCCUCCGAUACUUCCGAUGAGAACAAAUCACUCAACGGAAACUCAUCUCAGCAAUCAUCCUCAAACUCCCGUCUGGACAGCAGCUACAUCUUUGGGAGUUACAAGCCCCCCUCGGUGGAUCAAACGCAGGAGAACGCCAAGUUCCAUCGCUCGGUGCUCCGCACUGGCUCGUUGCCAGAUAUGGGUCCUUCUAAUCUUCUGAAGGAGCGCAGCGAAAUCAACACCAGCACAGACUCAUCGUCUCGCUUUGAACGCUUAUCUCUUCUCACCAGUUCUCCUCCAUCCGCAUCCAGCUUCUCCAGCGUAUCCGCUGACGCUCGCAAAAGUCUCCCCUCACACCAAAGCAUCUCAUCGUUCACCUCGAGUAGCACCACCGCUCGUCUUCUCAGUCCCACCGGUUCUUUGGAGAAUCACCGACUGUUCCCCACCACAGAAUCAUCCUCUUACGCCAAGUUUGGCCAGACGGUGGGCCAGGGAAUUGGCACAAGUGCGAUCAGUACACCUUCUCUGCAAAGGAGCUUCUCUCAUGAUUCCAUGUCAGUGGGCAGCCAACAGAAUCCACUGAUCAACAACAACCUCCUCAGAGGAGCUCAAGUCCCCAAAGUUGAACCAGAGAGGAAUGUCAAAUACAGAGCCUUUCCUGAUGCCUACCUCACCAAAGAAAAGGAACAUGGAAAGCUCAACCCCCGUCCUGGGAAAAUGUACAUUUUUGACCGGCCCGGGAUGUGCGGCCAGAGGAUCGAGUUGAGUAGUGAUGUUGUCGACGCCACGUCUUGGGAGCUGCAGGAGACCAUUUCCAUCAGGGUGGUCAGAGGAGGAUGGGUGCUGUAUGAAAAACGCAACUUCAAAGGAGAGAAGAUCGCCCUGGAUGAGGGCGAUAUCGAGAUCACUUGUCCUUUUCCGCAAUCGGAGGAGGAGGGGGAGCAGCAGACCAAUGGCCAAAAAGUCACCGAAGAGAAGAAGGAGAAGGAACAGAACGGGGAACCAAGUGAGGGAGAGACAAAAGCCAAGAGGUUCAUCAUUGGAUCUAUUCGAAGAGUAGUGAGGGACUACAGCGUCCCUGAAAUCAGUUUAUUCCCAGAGGAGAACGCUGAGGGCAAGAAGGUUAUCUUCAGAGAUACAUCAGAGGAUGCACGAAUUUUUGGAUUCCCCAUCAGGGCUAAUUCCAUCAUCAUUAAUGCCGGACUGUGGCUGGUGUUUUCCAAACCCUUUUUUGAGGGCUCACCGCGCGUGUUGGAGGUCGGGGGAUAUUCCAAUCCCGCUUCCUGGGCUGUGGAACAACCGUAUGUGGGCUCGUUGCAUCCACUCAAAAUAGGGGAGCCAAAAGUGGAAAACAUUGGUGAACCAAAGCUUGAGGUUUUCGAAAGGUCCUAUUUCACCGGCAAAUCAAGGAUGCUCACCGGUAAUACGAGAGAUUUCAUGACUCGAGUGGACAGGCAGCAGGGUGCCUUCAUGUACUCUGUGGGGUCCCUGAAAGUGCACGGAGGAAUGUGGGUGGGCUAUGAGAAGGAGGGAUAUCGAGGCAACCAGUAUCUGCUGGAGGAAGGCGAAUACCACGACUGGAGGGUGUGGGGAGCCACCAACUCGGAGCUCCGCUCCGUUCGGCUCCUACAAGCUGAUUUGAGCGACCCCUUAAUGGUGCUGUUCGAGCAGCCGGAAGAGGAGGAGGGUGUUGCGCAAGAGGAGAACACCUUCGAAGUGACAGAGGCCAUUCCGGAUGUUGAGUUGUUUGGCUACAAAAUCAACACUCGUUCCCUUCAAGUAUUCAGCGGCCUGUGGGUCGCGUACUCCCAUGUGGACUACUCUGGUAAUCAGUACAUCCUGGAGAAAGGGUUCUAUAGUAAUUGCGCCGACUGGGGUUCUCGUGACACUCGCAUCUGCUCCGUGCAGCCAAUUCGUUUGGCUCCAAGUGACGGUAACAGGACCAGAAACGAGAUAUUAUUGUACUCGGAACCGGAAUACAGAGGCAAGUGCCUUAUCUUCAACUAUAAAGAGGAAGCUGCAACUGAAGAAUUCCAGAUCAAGUCCUGCAGAGUUGUUGGAGGAAGCUGGGUUCUCUAUGAGAAUAAAGACUUUUCGGGGAUCAUGUAUGUCUUAUCAGAAGGAGGCUAUAGCACGUUGAUAAGCAUGGGCUGCACACCAAGCACCUUCAUCCGGUCUGUCAAGGCUGUGCCAAUGACUUUCUCAGUUCCAUCCAUCUCAUUGUUUGGAUUGGAAGGUCUAGAGGGAAGAGAGAUCGCAACAGAUUCCGAGCUUGUCAACAUGGUAGCGGAGGGCUUCAAUGAUCAUGUUCUGUCAGUCAGAGUCAACAGUGGCUGCUGGGUGCUAUGUGAGUUUAGCAACUAUAGAGGGCGCCAGUUCCUUUUGGAGCCUAUCGAAAUCACUAACUGGCCCAAGUUCAGCUCUGUGCAGACUGUUGGCUCCAUGUAUCCAGUCAGACAGAAGCGGCACUAUUUCCGCAUCAGAAAUGCAGAGAGUCGUCACCUCAUGUCCAUCCAGGGUGGAGUGGAGGAGAUGAAGUCCGGACGGGUUGUGGUCGCACCGGAAGUCGAGCCCAUGAGUGACAUCUGGUUCUAUCAGGAUGGACUCAUCAAGAAUAAACUUUCCCCAGUCAUGAGCCUUCAAGUGAUGGGCAAUGUUGAGUCCGGAGCCAAAUUAAUUUUAUGGAACGAGACCCGGCAACCUUCUCAGACAUGGACGGCCCAGAUGACAGGACGACUCAGCAGCAUUACAUUCCCCGGAAUGGUCAUUGAUGUCAAAGGUGGUCAAAACUAUGACAAGGAGCAUGUGGUGAUUAUGCCAGAGAAUGACGAGAGGUUAAGCCAACAGUGGGAACUUGUGCUGCUCAAAUAAGCUAUCACAGAUAUGUUGCUUAUUGUCAGAAUAUCACCCCAAAAUACUGCCUUAUUAAUUUAAUCACAAUCCGUUGUAUUUAUCAUAUUUCUCCCCAAGGAAUAUUCUAUAUUUGUGUUAUGUAGUAUAUUGAGUACGGGAAGGAGUAUUCAUGCAUAUCUUGUGGGGGAAGAGUUUGACCAAUCAGACUUCUUCUUUUUUUUUUUUUUUAUGCCUGCAGUUUACAAUGGCACACUCCGCUCAAGUUUUUGUCAUAUAUAUAUAAAAAGUCAACUAGUGCUUAAAAUGAACAGAUGAUGAAUGAAGCCAAAGAAUGUAUGGUCUGCAAAAUGUUUUAAAGCUAUUUUUAUAUUGUAUCAAACAUUUUAUGGUAUUCCUCAUCUCUAUGCAAUAUAUAAAGAGAGAAAUAUAGAAUGAGAUAUAACUAAUACCUACAUGGUACCUGCAUGUUGUUCUUUAAUGCUAAAGUCAUAAUAUAUAAAGGAGGGUGUGGUUUUAAAAUGCUAAUAAACUAUAAACAUUGUCCAAAAAAAAUAAAAAA